GUUGCAGUAUUUUAUCAAAUGUUAGUUGGAGGUAUUGAGGUAGAUCCGGAACCUAAUGUCAAUCUGUUGCUGAUUUUAUGUGGUAGUGAAGAAAUAACAGCGGAUAAUGAUACUUUCCACUUAUUGUGCGCAAUUUGUGCAGCCAAUAUCGUCAGUGAUCGUACAAAGCUUUACUGGCUUCGACAUCAUCCACCUACGUCACUUCCGAAAGAACUAGCAUUAGAACCAUGGCAGCUUUCACGUAUAACGUUGCGUUAUUUCAAUGAGAAACUCAUUGGCGGUGUUACGACAUUCUGUGCUUCCGCCCAUACGUUCCCCUUUAGGGAAGUUGCUGUCAUUGUGGAGUUUUAUGAGAAUGACAUACCACAUGAAGAAUCACUUUCGACAAUACUAGCAUUACUUUCCGAUAUGGGUAAUUAUUUCUCGAUGGUUUCGAAAGGUGCAUUAUUCCAGCAAAAUAUAUUUCCGGUAACUGCUUUGAUUCGAACUUCUCGAAUAUAUGAUUAUGGAUUAGUAGCAAGUCUAUAUACGAAUUGCAUGUUACGCUUUGAAAAUGGAGUUUGUAAAAAUAUGUUAGCCAAAUAAAAC